AGCGAGAGAGUUCUGGAGCCUGUCUGGGAUGACAUGGACAGGACUCUUGGUCAGUUGUUCAUGGUGAGCGGAGGUUGCAUUUCCUCCGGAGACGACUCGCUGACUGCCGGAUUAGAUGGGCUUCGAGGGCACCGAAGUGACGCCCCAGAUCCGCAAGCUCAUCCAGGAAGAUCACCUGGGCUCGAUCCUGCUGACAGCGAAGAAUCUGAAAACGGCCGAACAAUGCACGAAUUUGGUGCUCGAACUCCAACAAUGUGCAUACGACGCCGGACAUCCUGUCCCACUCCUCAUCGGUUUAGAUCAGGAGAACGGCGGUGUGAAUAGUCUCUUCGAUGAGAUCUACAUCCGACAGUAUCCCUCUGCGAUGGGUCUUGCGGCGACGGGCUCCAAGGAGAUCGCGUACGAAGUCGCAAAGGCGACGGCCGAGGAGAUUUCGGCGUGUGGUCUGAAUCUCAUGAUGGGACCCGUUCUGGACGUGCUAACAAAUGUGCGCAAUCAGCCUUUGGGUGUGCGCACGACGGGAGACGAUCCGCAGGAGGUCUCCUCUUAUGGAAUCGCGUUCAUGAAAGGGUAUAAAGACGCCGGGGUGAGCACGAUGGGGAAGCAUUUCCCUUCGUAUGGCAGUCUGGAAUUCCUCGGAUCAGCUCUGGACGUUCCCACCAUUACCGAGAGUCUCGAGUCUUUGAGCUUGAAUGCCCUUGUCCCAUUUCGCAACGCCAUCAAAGAGGGAUUGGAUGCGAUGAUGGUCGGAGGUUGCGCCAUGUCAUCUGCAGGGCUGAACGUCAUGCACGCCUGUCUUUCCGAGCAAGUCGUGAACGAUCUGUUACGGAAAGAUCUACACUUCGACGGCGUGGUUAUUUCGGACUGUCUCGAGAUGGAAGCCCUCAGCCAUAACAUCGGUGUGGGUGGAGGUACCGUCAUGGCGAUCAACGCUGGCUGCGAUAUUGUCCUACUUUGCCGAUCAUUCCAGCAUCAGCAAGAAGCCAUCGCGGGUUUCAAGUUAGGUGUGGAGAACGCCAUGAUCACCAAAGAACGCAUUCGCACAUCGCUCAGGCGCGUGCUCGACAUCAAGGCGAAAUGUACAUCGUGGGAAAAGGCGUUGAACCCACCCGGCAUUUCCUUACUGUCCAAAUUGCAGCCAUCCCAUACGACACUUUCCACAAAAGCAUACAACUCCUCGAUCACGGUGGUUCGCGACAAAAACCGGAUUCUCCCUCUGACUAACUUCAUGGAACCCGAGGAUGAACUCUUGCUCCUCACGCCGCUGGUCAAGCCACUGGUCGCAUCGGCGGCCUCCCGAGCGUUAAGCGAGCAGGCGACAAACGAAACGCCUGACCACGCGGGCUGGGAGCGGAGCGCAUCAGUUAUGAGUGGAGAACGGGUUUUCAGAGAACUCGGACGAUCACUCGCUCGACAGCGGAGCGGCCGCGUCCUGCACACUUCCUACACCGCAAACGGUGUCCGGCCGCAGCACGAGAAUCUGAUCAACCGUGCGAGCGCCAUCAUCAUCGUCACAGCGGAUGCCAAUCGCAACCUCUACCAGCAUGGCUUCACCAAGCAUGUCUCCAUGAUCUGUAAUAUGCAGUACACCUCUGGAGGAGAGAAGCGCGAAAAGCCCUUGGUCGUCGUAGCCGUCAGCUCUCCCUACGAUUUCGCCAUGGAUCAAAACAUCGGAACUUACAUCUGCACCUAUGACUUCACCGAGACGGCGCUCGUCUCCUUGGUCAAGGUUCUGUACGGAGAGUUUGCUCCCGCGGGAGCGUUGCCGGGCACCAUCAGUCAAAGCCAGAAGCUUUCACAAUCUCGCCAGCACUGGUUGGUCGAGGCGUUCAAUGAGGAGCGGGAUUCGAAUGGCCUGGAUGUGCUCAUCAAGACGGUCGCAGAUGGGAACACGCCCGGCCUGCGAGCUGAAAUCGCGAGCAGCACUUCCAACACCUUCCUCCUUCGCAACCCCGAGAUUCUAGAGUCGCACUUCGUCGUACGCAACAGCAGCACACAGGCGCUGUACGGCUUCUGCGCGACAUACUUCUUCAAGGCCACCGGGACCGGCGUCGUGGGAGCCAUCUUCGUGGAUCCCAGCCGGCGCAAGCUGUCGAUCGGCCACUCGCUCCACAACCGCGCCAUCCGCACGUUGCUCCAGAGAGAAGGCGUGAAGCGCUUCCAGCUCGGAUCCCGCCUUCCGAGCGUAUACCUCGGGAUCCCCACCGGGCACGGCGGCGAACGCAAGCGUCUCCGCUCCUGGUUCGCCAACCUCGGCUGGAACACGGCGCUCUCCCGCUCGAUCUGCAGCAUGGUCGCGCGGAACCUCUCGAGCUGGUCGCCCCCCGACGGCAUGGCCAAGAGCCUGCAGAGCGCGGGCGUGGACUUCGACCUCGUCUACGGCUGGGAGUACGCCGGACCGGUCCUCGACCACAUCAAGACCAACAACCGCCAGGGCCUGGCCGAGGUGUACAAGAUGGCCCUGGCCGAUCCCACGGCGUGUGGCAUCAUCCGGGCGAAACGCCCCGAGGAUGGCGCGCUGGUCGGCACCGUCGUGCUCUACAACAUGCAGUCGCAGUUGGCCGAGUUCGUGCCCGGGCUCAAGGAGGUUGGGGAGCUCGCUGGUGGGAUCUCGUCGCCGGUCAUCAGCCCGUCGGUCGGAGAGUAUUCGACCUUGUUGCAGGGAUUGAUCCUGCUCGGCGUGCGCCAAAUCAAGCAGCAGGGCUGCAAUGCGUGCGUGUUGGACUAUGUGAGUGUGCUCUCUCCUGCAUUCUCUCCCUCGGACCCUUUUACUUCUCAUGACACUCUACUGACCACUUUUGGGGAAAAUUUCACAGAUGGACGGCGAUGGCAACUUUGACGGGCUCUCGGCCAUGGGUUUCAACGUGCUGCAUACCUUUGAGGAGGUCAGCUGUGAUGCUGCGACGUGGACCAUGGUCCCGCCGAUUUGAAGAA